CGCUGUGGCGUUUAGCUCCGCCCCCCAUCAUGGCUGCUGCUCCUGAUUAGUGCGGGAGCCGGGAGAGAGAGACCCGUUUAGCCUGAGCUGCAGCCGAAGGACCAUCCUGUGUUCUCCCUGGCUAUUUCUAGAAGAAACUAAUGGCGUCAUCGGCCACUGUGCCUAUCGGGUUCCACUAUGAAACACAAUAUGUCGUGCUCAGCUAUUUGGGGUUCCCCCCACAAGACCUUCUGUCAGGUGCCCAGCAUGCUGCAACACCUCCCGUAGCCAAAGAGCAGCUGGAAAAGAUUAAGAUCGAAAUAGAGGAGGAGUUGAAACGGCUGGAGGAUGAAAUAUUUGCUGCCUUCCCCACAACUGGAUUUGACAUGCACACCUCCCCAGUCUUCAGCCCAGCCAGUCCUGAGACCUCAAUUGAAGAAUGCCUGUCUCAACUUUCUGAGAAAUUGUGUAUAGAGAUCCAGGAGCCACUGGACAAAGCCACGGAACAACUCCUUAGUGUGAACUUAACAUACGAUGUGUUCAAGAUGGAAGUAGAGACUACUGCCGCACACACUACUGGCUGGAAUAAGGUGCUGGUACCACUUGUGCUCUUGCAGAGACUUCUUCUGGAGCUCACGAGACGGGGGGAGCAAACCUUGGAGGUCCUUGUACAACUUGGGGUGCGAUAUAUAGAAGAACUAUCUUCAGACUAUAUUAUCCAGCAAGGAGGAUGGGGUACUGUCUUUAGCCUGGAAUCUGAAGAGGAAGACGUACAGGGGCUUAUCGCGGAAGACAGCAACGACAUCUAUAUUCUGACUAGUGACCAAUCUGAACAGGUGAGCCCCCCUGAAAGUUUGGCGGUGUCCUCCUCCUGGCAGACUGAAAGCCUGCCCACCUCCUUGGGUCCUGAAUCCUGGCAACAGGUAGUCAUGGAUCCGGAGGAGCUUAAGAGCCUGGACAGCAAUGGAGGAGCUGAAGAACGAAGUGAGAACAACUCUUCAAACUCUGACAUUGUCCAUGUGGAGAAGGAAGAGAUAGCAGCAGUUAUCGAAGAGGCAGCAGUUGUUGGAGAGAGCUUGGAACAAGAAGAAGAAAUUGAGGUUGACAUAGAAGAAAAGGAGAUUCUGGAAGUCCCUUCAUCUUUGAGAGAGGUUCUCACAGCGACAUUGCCAUCUCCUCCUGCAGAAGCGCAAAUACCGGUUGCUCAACUGGCGCACACUGAUUUAGACGUGCCUGUCAAGGUUGUGCCUGAAAAAGAGCCACCUGUCCUCCCACAGGAACCAAAAGAUGAGAGCCCCAUAUCAUCUCCAGUAGAAGCAGAGAAAAUAGAACGUCCUGUCUCUCCAAUACUUCCUUCUUCACCUCCUGUAGAAGAGGAACCGGUUUUCCUCACUGAAGGGAAGUCCAUUUUAUUGUACGGGGGUGCAGCAGCAGUUGCGAUUUUGGCUGUUGCUGUUGGAAUGGUGAUGGCACUAAGGAAGAAAUAGAUGCAAUUGAUCCAGGGUAUUCACUCUUCUCUUUAUUCCCCAAACCUGCAAUGAUUCUCCCUUUGUAUGCUGUCGUUGCUCUUACCUCAGCCAGGUCUACCAUCUAAGUGAUAUCUGUGGAAAGGUUAAAUACACAUCCUUAUUCAAGAAAAGAAAGAAGCCUUUUUCCUUUCUGUGACCAACCAGGAACUUUGUUCACAUUUGGGUUGAUCAUUAUUUUUGUUGGUGGAACUGAAGGGAAAUGGCUGCCUGCAGGGACUCCAUUGCCAGGCUUCACAAAGCUAUUAGUAUAUCCAUAUUUCUCACUGCCAAGUAAAUGAGUUGCAGAGCAACAAAUAAUUCACCGUGGCUUACCAAAACAAAAAUCAAAAUACAAUGAAUGGGACAGAGUGGUGUUUUGUGUACAAUGUAUUAAAAAUUUGAGCACUUGUAAA